GAAUUGAGUUUUGACCUGACACGCGCAAUACGAAACACAUGUGGUUGUUGUUGUUGUAUUCAUGCUUCCACCUUGUAUAAAUUCGCCUUGGAUUCAAUACUUGACCUCUGUACACCCCAUCUAAUGAUGUAGGGUAAAAUUCCGAGAAAGGGGCAAAAAUAUGAUUGAUAAAUCUAGCCAGAAAAAUGGGACCUGGGCACACUGUCCGAAAAAAGCAACAAAUAAAUUAGCAAAUAAGAAAAAUUAAUUCCGUUAAUUUUGGCACAAAUAAAUUAGGAAAUAAGAAAAAAUACAUAGUAAAAUAAAAAAAUUUGCAGUGAAAAACGGUAAACACAUAAUUGAGGAGGGCUCAUGUGCUUCUACAUAAAAAUAAGUUACGAAAACAAGAGUGUAGUGGGUGUAGAAGUGCAUUGUAGUUAAGAAUUGAAGCUCGAGAUAAGACAAGUAUCCCAUAAUGGCAAGGAAUGCAGACGGAGCGGACAUUGAUCAGCAAUUGGAAAACGACCAAAAGCAACAACAAUCAGGCAGGAAGACUAGAGAUCCGGAUGAUACAGCGGCCAAUUCCAAGUCAAUAAAUGGAAACCAAAGUGGAUGUGAUGUAAAAUCAUUUGGAAGCUCAGUUAAAGAAAGUAGCAAGUCAAUAGAUUCGCAGUGUUUAGCUGUAAACUCCUCAACUCCCUUGACACUAGAACAAAGCGAAAUAGGUAGUAACGGUGACCGUACUACAGCUGAAAGAAAAAGUCACCCGCAAGGGCGUGGUGUUAGCCACGGCUCACCUGCAGACAAUCAAUACUUCUUUGAAGAUGAAGUAUUUCGUAUUGAUAAAAAUGGGCGCGUCAAAUUCGGACUGGUUUAUGAAACAUCUGAGACAUAUUCAGGUGAUGAGGACGACGAUUUUAGCGAUGUAUUAAUGAAGGGUGAAGUGCGGGUAGCAUGGUACCCUGAAGGCAAAGAAGAAGUGCAGCCAGAAGCAGCGAUUGCACUAGCUGAUCGUACAUUAAUGCCUGGUGAUGUAGUGCGCCGCUUAGUGCCAGGCAAGGAUACACAACGUGGGUAUUGUCGUGAUAUUAGUAUGCACGCUGAUGUGAAAGUUCUGGGUACGAAGUAUGUCAUAAAAAAUGUCAUGACCGAAAGGCUACGGCCAUUAAACAAUUGGCGGGAUAGUGCGGUAUGUCUAGAUUCUUGGGUUGGAAGCACUAAAGAUGUGGAGGAAAAGGCGGUGCUUAGAUCAAACACUGGCGCACGCAUUGAAAUAUCGUCACAUGACUUUUAUGGUUUUUCGGAUUACAAUUCGCGCAAUACCCACGGGAUCUAUAAUCCACAUGUGUUCUACCCGGGCAAUGCUAUAGUAGGACGUUUACCAUCUUUAGAUAGUGUAAAAUUGUUAACACCAAAUAUACCUAUACCCAAAAACAAAAAAGGAAAACCAUUAAAAGGAAGAUAUACAAUCGAAUCUAUUGAAACUGAGUCGGUAUGGGUUCACUGGCAAUGUAAAGCUCUCUCUGAGGAAGGCAGCAUCGACACCAGCCUUCUGGAGCAACCAAAUCCCUGUGUUAGCGGCGAAGACUUGAAACGUUUAAAGCGUUUAAACCUAUUCGAGUCGUGUAUGCUGCAGAUAAGUGACCGUAACUACUUAAAAUUUUCCAAUCUUGAUAACUAUGUAAAAAAGUCACAGUGGGGAAAAGAGCAAGCCAGCAAAUUUAAAGUAGCGCUAGCGCAAAGUCAAAAGAACGAAAAUCAAGGUGCGAUUGUAAAUUCGGGCAGUCAAAAUAUUGCUAGCAAUAAUAGCUCACACCACAACGAGAAAACAAAAAAGAAAUCUAGCUUAAUUGAGGCUGAUUCAAAAACGACAAAACCCAAAAAGUCUAUCUUGAAAACAGAGAAGCUUAGCAACGCUAAUAUUAAAGACAAAGCGAGUGCACAUGAAAAUCCAGUUGAACACAGUGCUUCAAAUAUACAAAUGAAAAAAACUUCAAAGUCCAGUGUGGAGCCCGAAUGGGUAACAGAUGACGAAGAUGAGGAGGAUGAUGGCGACGGAGAUUACUCCAACGACGAUUUCUAUGAGGAUGGGAUCAGCACUACUACCUGUUCAAGCCCUUCACCUAUGCACAGUCCGAAACAUAGCAAGCGCCACCUCUUAAAGAAGAAAAGUAGAACACCAGCGAAACGUUCAGUUUCUUUACUGAAUCCAGAAUUUCAGCCAAAGGAUGGCGAUGAGUUAGUUACUGAAGCACUUCUGGUUUACAGCACUGCCACUGUGGUUUGGCAAGAUGGCACCGAAGAGGCUGGCGUACCAUCUACUCAAUUGUACCCCAUACAUAAUUUGGAUAAUCAUGAGUUCUUUCCUGGUGAUUUCGUUGUAUCCGGGAAAGAGGAUAGUGAUAUGACGUAUCGUGAUUAUGGUGUUAUACAAAAGGUUGAUCACUUAGGUCGCACCGCGGUUGUAAAGUGGUUUACGACUUAUACAUCAGCCGAUGAACCGAGACCCACUUACAAUGGCGAAUCCGAAGUAAGUGUUUACGAUUUAAAAGAUCAUCCGGAUUUUCAAUACCGACCUGGCACUAUGGUUAUACGCGUCGCAAACUUUGUUGGAGAAGACACAACCUGCACCGCCGGUCAAAUUAUAGAUAAUUACAUUGAUGGUCGAGCAAAGGUAUGGUGGGUGGAUGGACACAUAAGCAUGUGCUGGCCACAAGAUUUGUUCGAAGUUGGUCAAUACAAUCACGCUGACUGGGGACAUGAAUCUGAGGAUUCGUGGGAAACCGAGUCGGAAAAUAGCGAAUUGGGUGGCAGUACACCCAUGAUGGCGCUGGAAGAAUCGCACAUUAUAACGAACAUUGAGCGCACGCGUGUUGCUAUUGCGCGUUUAGAAGAAAUUUUUAAUAUGAGUCCAAAUUUACAGAAUGCCGAUGUGAUGCGUAAUUUGUUGAACGUUUAUAAAGGUUGUCGUUACUUAGAUCGCUUAUUGAGCACCAACUUUUUUCAUGAAGAUAACUUUAUGGGUCUAAUUGAGCGCGUUAGAAAAGGUGGAAAUCAAUCGUUUGCAGAACGAGCACAGGAUCGAAAAAAUCGACUAUUUAGUUAUGUGCAAGCCACCUCACCAAACGCAAAACAAACUAAUACCCAACCAUCGGCAAAUGUUGUGCACGUUCAUCAACAUCAACAGUCGCAUUAUCAAGCAGUUGUUUCAUUGGAUAGUGCACAAAAGACGCUUCCAAACGAGGCAUCUGCUAUCAUUGGCAGCACAAGCAUUAGUGGCAAUACCAGCGCAACGACGACCAACACAUCCAAAGAAUAUGCACCAAAAAUUCUUUUCAACAUCUCGUCGACGCCUUUCAAGUCGCAUUCAUCAGCUGUUAAUGUUCAUGGGACAAGUACUGGUUCCUCAACCAAUGCCAGUCACUCUAUGAUAAUGCCUGUGCUCAGAUUAAAGUCUGCUACAUCGGUUGCUACUGCAACUUUAGCGGCAUCCGCACACAAUACUCCGGAAAAACCUGGGACUAAGCAGUUAACAUCAAAUGGAGCUGCAACGGUGGCUGCUCUUGGUUCCGACGAAGUGGCGGAAACUGUUAACCAUAGCAUAAAAGCGGCCAGUAGUACAAUAGCAGCAGCGGUAUUGACGCGUGGUGGCAACACAUUGGCGCUACAACAAAACAUUAUUGCCGAGAAUAAUCAACUGCUAAAUUCUGCAAUGUUGAACAUUGAAAAGGCAUUUGAAAAAACUUGUCAACUUAAAUCAACGAAAGGGGCCUCGCAGGAUGACUCUGGUAAUUAUUCCCGUAAUGAGAAUUGUGAUGGCAGUUCAACCAGUUAUGCCAGCUACUCGGAUCUUACAAAUGCUGACGCGAAUGGGUCAAUAGUGAAAGUUAUUGAUGAUCAAAAGUCGAUAUCUUGUAGCAGCAUCGAAUUUAAUGAAGAUGCUGCACCUGAAAUGGACUGUGUGCGCCUAUGUGCGCUGCUAAAAGAACAGUUAGUUAAAUGCAUACAAAAUAUUCGCGAGAAAUACUACAAAGGCGACAAUCUCAAUUUGAGCGAAGUUUUCACUUUCGAUGGCGCAGAGGAAUCGUCGCAUGUAGAAGUAAUGGAAUUGGGCAAGGAAAAAUCAACUAAGUGCAUCGAAGAAGAUAGUAUAAAUAUGAGAGACGAGCAACCGCUAGACUUAUCAAAAUCGAAUGCAACGAAGUGCAGUGAAGAAGAUAGUAUAAAUAUGAGGGAGGAGCAACCACUAGAAUUGUCGAAAUCGAUUGCAACCAUUGAAACUAUAGAUACUGCAAUAGAAUCGCACGCUUCCAUCGUCAGUUCACCGGUUGAACUAAGUUUCGAUAUCAAUGUGACAUCAGAAUGUUUCCAAGUUUUGCCCCAAGCACCGUCCACACAUAAAUUUCAAUUGACAAUUUUCCACCCCAAUAAUACUCAGCAAUAUUAUAAAGCAGUACAACGCGAACACCGUAUGUUAAAGAAUUCGCUGCCCUCCGGCGUAUGGGUUAAAGUUUUUGAAGAUAGAAUGGACCUUCUGAGCGUCAUGAUAGAGGGACCGGAAAAUACUCCUUACGAAGAUGGUUUGUUCUUCUUCGAUAUUCAACUUGGCCGGGAAUAUCCAAAACGUCCACCAUUGUGCCAUUACAUCAGUUAUUGUUCAGAUCGCUUAAACCCUAAUCUAUACGAAGACGGAAAAGUGUGUGUAUCCUUGCUGGGCACAUGGCCUGGACGCGAUUCAGAAGUAUGGAGUCCUAAUAGCACCCUACUACAAGUGAUUGUGUCCAUACAAGGCUUGAUACUGGUACCUGAACCAUAUUUCAAUGAGGCUGGUUAUGAGAAACAAAAAGGCUCACAACAAGGUAGAGAAAACUCACGCAUGUAUAAUGAAAUGGUUAUUAUCAAAAUGGUACAGUCGUCUACGAAACUUUUGCAACAGCCACCAAAACUAUUUCGCCGUGAGGUCUAUGAACAUUGGAAACAAUUUGGUUUUAAAAUGUAUGAGCGCAUUAAAGGCUGGAUGGAAUUAUCUAAAUUAGCGGCAAAUAAACAAAACGAUGAGGCUACUAUAAACUGUACAUCUGAGAAAGAGCUGCAUGAGCCUAAGCAAUCGAAUUUGACUACCGAAAUCUCUGAAACCAUUGAAGUUGCACACGCACCUCCCGAUUUUCCACUUGUACCUGCUAGCCGUGGCUUCUGUUUAACAUUAGCAGGCCUCUUAGACACAUUUAAAUCGAAAUUAUUAGCAUUAAAUGCAGAACGUAAGAUUUCAGUGGGGAAAGAUGAUGCGGAGCAUGGAGAAGCAUAGAAAAACCACACUUAUGAGUGGCAUGCGCUUUUUGUAAAAUGGAAAAUGUAUCAAGUUCUUUAAUUAAUUAUAUUUUAGUAAGUUUUGCCUAUUCAAUGGUGCUUGCUGCUUGCUCGCAAUAUUCACUGUAAGGAAAUGCACAGAUGUGCUAUUGUUACAUUUUCGUUUAGGCGUUGCCACUUCAUAUCCGCACAUAUAUACGAGCUCUAAAUGACUAAUUUAUUUAAUUCAGAUUCUCACACACUCUUACAUGUGCAUGUCUAUGUGAGUUUGUCUAAAUUAUAAGAAGUAAUACUCAAUCAAAAGCGAAUUCGAUGAUAUUGUUCACAAGUUUUUGAAAAAUUAGAAUCUCGAAUAAAGCUAUACUUAAACAAUUAUAUGCAUGAGUAGAAAUAAAAUAAAAAGAAUAUAAGCAAUUAAAAAUAAAAUAUAUCGGCUAAGGGAAUAUUAAAAUUUGAGCAAUUAAACAGAAAAAAAAUUAUACUAUAAAAUUUAGAAAGUAAUUAGUAGUCGCACUUUUAGUCGAGAUGUAACUCAAAAUAAAAUACACAAAAUGGGCUGUAAUCAUUAGUAGGUGAUGCACUGUUUUGCGAAAUUUCUAAGUAAAUUAUUAAACGUCGUUUCGAGUUUUAAUUUUUGCUGAAUCAUAGGUUUAAAAAUUUGGUAUUCCUUGAUCAGUUGUAUGUGCGUCUCAAUUUAGGCUUUGUUGCUUGUUGUCGUUUUAAUAAAUUAAUUAUUUAGAAUAUUAAUAUUGCACAUGUAUGCGUGACUGCAUAGUAUUAUACAACAUAAAUAUUAAUGUUUUUCAAAACGCAGUUCAAGUAUAUAAACAUUUUAAAAGUUCCAAAUAUUUUAAAAUUAAAACAUUCGGUAUUUCUUAUCGCUACUGCUGGAAUGCCCCACGCUUCGAUUUUCGGCGAAGUAAAUUAAAUGACUCCUCCCGUCAUCUUUUAUUGGAUAUGCUCUACCUUCAGCAUUAAAAAUCAGUUAUAAACAUAAAUUCAUUAAAGAAAAAUAUCCCUGAUUUUGCCACGAUCUAAGGCUAAAAUUCAACAAGAUUUAUCGAAGGUAAAUAUUUUUAAGUAAGCUGAAAAUCGUUUAGCAAUUGAAUCUAUGUAUAAAUAAAAACAUACCAAAGAAAAUUGCUUUCUGCAAAACUCGUUAAAAAAAGAAAUAAAAAACGUUAAACAAUUCAAGUCGUUAUCAAUUUGAUUUAACCCGAAAAACGAAAAGUAUUUCGUAAUUAUAAUGCAUAUUUAAUAUAUUUAUGUCAUAACACUAACUAAAGAAAACUUGCUACGCUAUU